AUGAUGUUGAUGCUGAGUUUGGCCCUCGUAGUCUGCUUCCUAGCCAAAGGUUGCCACUCACAGUUAAAUGUGUGUGGUGUGGCUCCUCUGAACACCAAGAUAGUGGGAGGACAGGAUGCUUCUCCUGGUUCUUGGCCUUGGCAAGUCAGCCUGCAGACUAGUGGUGGCCAUUUCUGCGGUGGAUCCCUCAUCAACUCUAACUGGGUUCUAACAGCGGCCCACUGCUUUGCAAGCAUUACUGCUUCACAAGUGACCGUGUAUCUGGGUGACCAGUCACUGAGCAAUCAGGGAAGUAACACAAAUGUAGUGACCAGAUCUGUUUCUAAACUCAUCAUACAUCCCGACUACAGUUCAUCCACACAUGAUAACGACCUUGCCCUGCUGAAGCUGAGCUCUAGCGUGACCUUCACUAAUUUUAUUACACCUAUCUGCCUGGCUGCAGCUGGAAGCAAGUUCUUCAAUGGCACUCUGACCUGGGUCACUGGCUGGGGAAACACUGCCAGUGGAGUAAGUCUCCCUUCUCCAAAGACCCUGCAGGAAGUACAAAUUCCAGUUGUUGGAAACAGGAAAUGUAAUUGUUUAUAUGGAGUUGGAGCCAUCACUGACAACAUGGUCUGUGCUGGAUUGUUGGCAGGGGGCAAAGACUCCUGUCAGGGAGACUCUGGAGGACCACUGGUCAGCAAACAGAGCGGUGUUUGGGUCCAGGCAGGCAUUGUGAGCUUUGGUAUCGGCUGUGCUCAGCCAAAUUUCCCUGGAGUGUAUACUAGAGUGUCUCAGUACCAAGACUGGAUCAACCAGCAGAUCACCAGCAACCAGCCAGGCUUUGUCACAUUCACUUCCACUGGCACUGAUGGAGAUCUGAGUGUGUCCUGUGCUGGCCUGCCUACUGUUGCUACAACCACCACUGUCUCCACUACUGCUUCACCUGCGGUAUGUGGCAGUACCACGCUGAAUACCAUUACAGGAAGCGGCAAUUCUUUGGCAUCUGCUGGUGUGUGGCCGUGGAUGGCCAGCCUGCAACGUAAUGGUACUCAUGUCUGUGGAGGAACACUGGUAGCUGAGCAGUUUGUCUUGAGCGCUGCUGAUUGCUUCUCAAGCUCCACCAAUGCUUCUGACUGGACUGUAAUUCUGGGUCGGCUCAAACAGAACGGCUUCAACGCCAAUGAGGUUUCUGUCAAUGUGACUAAAAUCUCACUGAGCACUGGUACAGUGAACAACAUAGCAGUACUGCAGUUGUCUCGCAAGCCAACACUCACAAACUACAUUCAGCCCAUAUGUGUGGACCUGGGGGACAACAGCUUCCCUGUCAACACUCAAUGCUGGGCAGCUGGCUGGGGUUCAGGAGGAGGAGUUGAGCAGAUUCUUCAGCAGUUUAACACUACUAUACUGGACUGUGGCAAUGCAUCUUCAUCUAGCAGCAGCAUCUGCACUGGAGUCAUGCCCUUAGAACAGACUAAUAAAGGAGGUCCUCUGAUGUGUAAGAUUGGACAAUCAUGGGUCCAGGCUGCAGUUUUGACCCUCGCCAGCAACAGUAGCACAAACACUAGCUCCAGUAACAGCACCAGGGCAGCAAGUGUAUCUGAUGUCCAGGUCUUCACUAAAACCUCAAGCUUCUCAAGCUUCCUGAAUACUACAGUGGGCUCCUUUCCUCCCAAAGCCAGCACUACAUCAUCUUCUCCCACCAUCAAUCCUGUUGGCUCCAGUGCAUCUUCAUUGUUUUCUUUCACGUCUCUCCUCCUGCUUUCACUUCCUGCUCUCAUUCAAAUGAGCAGUUAAGAAUGAGCAUUUAAGUUAAUAGAAGUUCUUAGGAUUAUGAAGUAUCGGCUCUGAGCCGGGAUGAAAAGACUAAAUGUCAUAUCUCCUUUAAUACAUCUCUCAAAGUUAAGGAGGAAGUUCUACAGGCAAGGAAUAACAAUUAGUGAUAUCUGGGGUGAGGGAUUUUAAAGCUAAAGUACCACUACUGUGUACAAAAACUUAAGCAAAACAUUUUGUAUUGCUAUCUUACUUGCCACUUAAAGUCACUGCACUAGUCUGACACACUAGCCAGCACUAAUUAGUAUAAAUGUCUACAUGUGACCUAAAUGGUUUAAGCAACAUACCUGUUACGUGCAACAACCAUUAGUUUGAAACAGACAUAGAAUACCUGCCUUUAUUUGUUGUUUCUGAAAUUCAUGAAAGCCAAAGUCUGUCUUUGCCACCGUUCUCAGUGAAGACUCUUUAUCUGAGGCUUAUGUCUUGAACUCUUUACAUUCAUUCUUAAAGCAUAUCAGUAAAUUUUCUUUUCUGUUCUUGUUUACUUUGACUUGUGCCAUUUUCUAUGCUUCAUUUAGCAAAACCUCAUGAAGUGCACUGAAAGAUUUUAAACAGCGUUCUCAAAUAAAAAAAGCUUUUACUGUGUUUUUAGAGUUACAACAGUGCAUAAGUUAUAAUGCAGUGCAUAAGUACAUCAUCUAGAGAAAGACAACUUCUUACACUGUACUGUAGACAUAGCUAGUUUAUUUUUAAUGGCAGAAACAAAGAUGCACUAAAUUAAACUAAAUGCACUGUAUUUUUUGUAUUUAAGUGGCAUUUUCCAGAAUGUGUACUUUCUGUGAAUAUAUUUCAAAUGAAAAAAAUACAUGAAACUUACACAU